AUGGCUACAGAAGUGAGGGCCCAAUUGGCAGAGCAUUCACUGCCAAGCUCAAAGGCUGAGCCGAAACUGGAAAAGAAGUCGGGGUGCCAGCCAAGGAGCCACGGGGACAGCGGGCCACAGAAAGAACUGACGAUCCCAGGGACCGUGGAUUUCAAGCUGAUCCGAGAGGCAGUGAGGAGGUCCAAGCCCCAAACCCCCAGUGCCUACCGCUUCGGUCGCCUCAGCCACCACUUCUUCUUCUCCAGGCACCACCCCCAGCCCCAGCACGUGACCCACAUCCAAGAUCUCACCGGGAAGCCUGUCUGUGUCGUCAGGGACGAGCUCGCUUUGGCCACCUCCCCUCAAGCCACACUCUUACCCAGCUACCUGAUCAGGAUGCCCACCAUCUCAGUGCCUGUUGGAGACCCGCAGUCCAAUCGGGACCCCCGACUUUAUUCUGAGGCCUGGAAGAAGGAGUUGAAGGACCUGGCUUCCCAGGUGGCCAUCUUCACCAAGGAGAGUGAGCUGAAGAGCAAGGAGCAGAAGAAGGAGCCUCAGCGGGAACAGGGGGCAAAGUACUCAGCAGAGACUGGCAGGCUCAUCCCUGCUUCUACCCGGGCCAUGGCCCGCCGCCACUCCCACCAGGGCCGAAACCAGCCUGCAAGCAGAGACGGAGGAGACCAGACCUUCCUCCUACAGGAUCAGGAGCUGCUGAUCCUGGAACUGCUUUCACAAAUUCUGCAGACAGACUCCUUGAAUGCUAUCCAGUUCUGGUUACUCUACGCGCCCGCCAAGGAGAAAGACAUGGCACUAGGGCUCCUGCAGACCGCGGUGGCUCAGCUCCUUCCCCAACCCCCAGUGUCCAUCCCAGCAGAAAAACUCCUGAGCCAGCUCCUGGAAGUUCAAGACUCACUUCAAGAGAGGCCCCAGCUACCCUACAGCCAAUCCCCGAAGAAGAUGAAGACACCAUCUCUAUCAAAAAGCGAACAACCAGAGAACAUUGGCAAAGCUCAAGUUCUUCGCGUGCACUCCAGCCAGAACCCAGAAGAGAAGGCAGCAAAGGCAGAGAGCUGA